CUUGCAUUAUAUUUUUCAUACGUGACGAACAGCCCAGUCGAAAUUUUGUCUGAAAAUACAAAUUUCACAAUUUAAAACAUUUUCUAAAACAUUUUUGAUUGGCAUUUUGGAUACAAAAAAUGUCCAAUAUGCAGGAUGUACCACUGGCCGAUCCAGAGGAGGGCAUUGCCGGAUCGGUGGCCUCGUCGACAGCCACACCAAAGUCCAGUUCGUUAAAGCGCUUCUUCAAGCUGAGCAAGAAGCCGCACAACUUGCAGGAUGAACUGCAAGAUAUGACCGAAUCGGCCGUGCGUCAGAAGGAUCCAAGCAAGAACAAUACGGUGGGACGUUUCUUUACGCGCUUCAAGCAUGCUCACAAGGAUGGCUCCGAGGAACCAUCUUCUUCGACUAGCAAUGAGGCCACUGAUGCUGGCGAGGAGCAUGAGCUGGAGCAGAGCCAGCGCAAAAACAAGCCGUCGCCCAAUAUGAAGCCCACCAUUAAGGAGUCGAUUUCGGGCUACUGGAAGCAGCUUUUCAAUCGCAACAAGGCCCAGAAGCAGGAUGGCAUUGCCGGCAUGUCCGACGGCGUGGAGGAGGUGCAUGAAUUGCAGCAGGUGAAGCAAGAUCAGAGCCAAUUGGACGAGAUGUCCGAGGGUCAGGAUGAUCGCAAGGAGGAGGCUGAAACUCCCGACGUGAACCAGGAACAGCUGCCGGCCGUUGUGGGUUUGACUCUGCAGGAGCUGCAGAAUGAAUAUGAGAAACACUAAGAACACAUCCAUGCACACUUAUUACCUCUUGGCAAACACCUAAACUAAACAUCGAUACAUUGAUCGUGGUCCACGAAGCCCGUAACAAUCCUUCAGGCGCUGGAGGAUGACAGACAAAAGCCACCAAAACAUUUAUACACUUACCUCUUGGCAAUUACCUACACUAACCUCUACACAAGGGGACUUGUAGACUACAAUUUACGCACUAAACGCGUCACACUCUUUACAGACAAACUCUUCCAAACAAUUUGCAAUUGUUACACAAACCAAAAAGGAUUGGAGCCUAUCUACCGAAAAGCCUUUUGCUGCUGGAAUCGCAAAAUGUUUAAUUGCAAGCAGAGCUUCAAAAUAAAUGCUGCUGCAUAUAGAUAUGCAUGCAAAAUGUAA